CUCGUAAUUCGAGCAUGUUAUCGGUCAGAUUCGGAAGAAACUCCACGUAAAAAAGGAUCAACUUUGUCUGCUCCAGCGAAUAAGACCUCGAGGCGAACUGCCAGAGACGGCUACCCGCAGCAGACAACCACACCUACCCUCGCCAACAAUCUUUGUGUCAAUGCACCCUCCGAUCCUGAGUAUCGUUUUGCAUGGGCUUUGACUCUAUCAAGUACCUAGCGGCAUAUCCUUUCCGCAAAAAGCGGGGGCAGCUGGCAUGUCAAAUUCAUCAUCACCCUAGGGCUGUCAUAUUUCAUCAUCUAGUCCUGCGUGUUCGGAGAGAUAAUCAAGGAAAUUGUGGUCUAUGUCCCGCAAAGCGGUCUGCCUCCUUGAGUUCGAUCGGGAUGGGCGCACUGCCGCUGGUAGGCCCGACUGAACUG